AUGAUCGCCCGACUGAAGCUUAUUUUUUCCGCCUUAGCAGCCAAAGCUUCUAUUGCAUUGCGUCCAUCAUUUCGCGUUCAGGAUGUUUUGGUGCUGGCAUGUCAGAUAUCCAUAUACUUCCUCUUUUUCACGGCCGUAACGGCUGGAGUGGUAGCAGGAGCAGGAGAAGUAGCAGCAGACACUCAUCACCCGACAAUCUACCUCAUCCGACAUGGCGAAAAGCCCAUCGACCCAAACAAUCAUUCGCUAAACUUUGAAGGUGCCAUGCGCGCGCAAUGUUUACGAAGGGUCUUUGGAGUGAGCUCUGCGUAUGAUAUUCAAUAUAUCAUCGCGCCGACUGUGAUCGCAGAUGACGAGCACGGCCGUCCUUACAGGACCGUCCAACCUCUUGCGCAUGACCUUGGUCUAGAGGUGGACUUGCACUGCAGCAGGGAUAAAUUGAGAUGCCUUGUUGAUGCCAUCCGGUCUUAUAACGGCCCGGGCAAUAUUCUUGUCUCGUGGCGACACGGAAACAUGAAGAAAAUAUUGCCGCUUUUGGGAGUCGAGAAUGGGGCGAAGUAUCCCAAACACCGAUUCGACAUCAUUUGGACUAUUCCAUAUCCAUACGACCAGCUCACUGAGAUUAAGAGUGAGAAUUGUCCUGGCUUAGAUGUGGAUGCGCAGGGGCUGAUCGUUCAAUAUUGA